CAUAAACUUGUUUUGAGAAGAGAGCCCCGCCCUCCUUUCAGCUAUCGCUGACUCCUUAUAAACAGCAAGCCUGUUGUACAAGCGUUUAUCACAAGAAGACUGGAGCAGUCCACAGUUCACCAACCGCCCUGGAAACGAACUCUGGCAGUAAAUUUUGAGGAUUAUAUUUGUGUUUCUGCAUAGAAACGAGAAGCUAUCAUGGAUUUUCUCAAUCAUAACUAUUUGAGUGCUCGCAACCCAUAUGACUAUACAUUUAAUUUUUGGAACGACUAUCUGGGUCUGUCGACGUUGGUCACGAAGAAUAACAAGCACAUGAUGCCCGAAAGCCCAAACUCCAUCACCGAGUCCCUGAAAGCAACUCUGGGUUUGGAUGACUCCCCAGCAUGUGCGUGCGUAAUCUCGGGCAGUGGUGAAGGCGGACACCUGGACUGCUGUUGUCCAUCUGUGAGCCCCCUGCCUACCUCCAUCCUGGACUUGAAGGAGCGCUUUUCAAUUCUGAGCCCAUUCCAAAACCAAAUCGGUGGUGUCCCACUACAAGACCGGGACUUGGGCUUCGGGGGAAGCUUUGCAGGAUUUGACCUGUUCGGAGUGGAGAGGAAGAUGCGCAAGCCAACGUCGAGGAAUAAACAGGAGCCCAAAAUCUGUGUCUUCUGCAGGAAUAACGGUGCGCCGGAGGAGGUGUAUGGCUCCCACGUUCUGAAGACACCCGACGGGAGGGUGGUGUGCCCCAUUCUUCGGGCUUAUACAUGCCCUCUUUGUAGCGCCAAUGGUGAUAAUGCGCACACAAUUAAGUACUGUCCCCUCUCCAAAGAUCAACCAGCCCAGCGACCAUUAAAGGGAGGGAGGGCAGUGGGUGGUAAACGAAUGAAAAUAUUCUAGAGAUAGAUUUUUACACGAGCAAAGAAAGUACAUUGAAUUGCACUGAACAAUUUUCAGAUGACUGUUUCGAUUGCGGCUAUAGCAUAUCCCAGUCCUAACUGCUAAGGCUACAUGAUUUCGUAAACAAAAAAAUAUACCGAUGUUAUUCUUUUUCCAAAAUCUCUUAUAUUUUUAUAGUUGCUUUAUUCACAUAGAUUAUUUUAUUCGUUAUACAUUGAAUUUAUUUUCUGAUAGUGUUUAGCUAUUUGAGUGUUCAUUUAAAUUUACCUAUAUUCAUAAUCACAAUGUGUGAAUAAAUGCUGAGUGUUUUGCGGGGAACAUGGAUUUAGCAGGGCGUGAGGGUGUGAUUGUCAUGUUGCCAGUAAGUUUUACUGUAAGCUUAGCCUACUAGCUAUUUCUUUUGUCUUUGAAAACCAAAGUUGUGUAUGCUAUUAAACAAGCUCAGAAUGUUCAUGAAUGAAAGCAAUUUUCAUUCAAGAUGUCUGUAAAACAAGGUAUGGUACUUUGAGGCCCACUCCCCUGUCUGCUACUCCACAACACAGUUUUAAACUUGCUCUGAUUUAAUAUCUGUAGCAUGAAAAAAAAUCAAGACAAUGAAGUCUCUGUUAUGGCCUGGUAUUUUCUGUGUAACUUCAUAGUCAAUAAUAGCCAAGCCAAAUGACUUUCAUCCCCCAUGUCACACAGCAGUUGGUUUCAUCACCCAGGCUUAUGAAUAAUCAUGACCCAAAUAAGAGAUACCCUUGAUGUUUACAUUACCAAGAGAGGGUAACACACUGGAUAUAAUUGCUUGUAGGUAUCUCUUUCAUGCAGUCGUUUUUUUAAAAUCAAAAAUGACAUGUUUUUUGUUUUGUUUGGUCUACCCCCCAAAAGUCACUAACAGAGGACUGCACUGGGGAUUCAAGGAGUGCUCUGCAAUGGUGGAGUCAGGAGGACAAUUCACGUUGAGAAAAUAGUUGGAUAGCGCAAAUGAAUGUUAUUAAACAAGCUUUUCUAAAAACCAAUGUAUUAGCCCCUUUUUGCAUUAUUUCCCUGAAUAAAUCCAAAAAGAUGCAAAACUAUUGUGAAUGUACGAUGGAAAGUUGUCAGUUGCAGGACUGCACAUUUCUGACAGUUAUGUUUACCAAAGGAUUAUACAAUUUUAGUGAAGUGAAGUGAGGAAGAGUGUAUUGUAUAUAAAGUUGAGUGACGUUUAUUCAGCAUUUUAACAUUUCAAGUGACUUCAGAGGGUUCUACCUCAACAGGAUUUUGUACUUACAUGUAAAAUGUCAACAGCAGUUUAUUAAUAUAGUGCUGCCAUUUAUAAUAAGGGGUUUUUAAUAGUAUUUUUGAUCUUUGUAUAACAUAAUUGUAUUUUUUUUCCUGCAUUCAAACAUGACAAAAGUGAAUUUCCAAUAAGCUUCAAGCAUUCCUCGCAAAAAAAGAUGAUGGUCUGUGCAUAGUGAUAUCCGUACAUUUUAAAUUGAAUUGUUCAAUGUUACAUUCUUGAGGGUGUGUGCAAGAGGAUGGAAUCUAUUGAAAACCAUUCACAAUUUGCCACUUUUAAUAUAAGGUUUCUGAUUAAAUGAAUUUAGAAAAUUAACACUGUUGAACUUUGUUAUUUGUAUUUUACCACAAUUUCCACGUAUGCUGCCUGUGCAGAAUAAAAUGACAUUAAUUAAUUAGAGAAAUAAACAUCUCAUCAAAUAUUUUA